ACAUCUUUUCUUGACGAGCUUACUCACGAAGUAUAGAAACAAAGUAGCCCAUAAUUUACGGUUUUGAGGUUUGGUAAGUCACCCAAACUUGCAAGAUCCGAUCACCUCAAAUUUGGGAUCACCAUUAUACCAGCAUAUAAUCUCCCUCCCAAAAGCACCAACUCCGAUCACCCCAGACCUCCUGAGGUUCUUCUUCACAGUCAACCAAUGGACCUCGAGCAUGGCAAGAAGCCCCCUGCCAUUGCCGCCGCGGAGCUAUGCUCGCUCAAGGACAAGCUCGUCGGCCUGCGGCCGGUCCUGCUGCGAGCGGCGGCGGUCCUGGCGACGGCGGUGGCCGCGGUGGUCAUGGGGCUCAACAGGCAGUCCUACACCGCGGUGGUGGCCAUUGUGGGCACCAGGCCGCUCACGCAGACCUUCACUGCCAAGUUCAGCGACACGCCUGCGUUUGUGUGCUUUGUCAUAGCCAAUGGCAUUGCCAGUCUGUAUAACUUGGUGGUGCUGCUCACCAGAAGGUGCCUUGUGCAGGGAAGGGCCCAGCAUUUGGUAGUGCAUAGGAUGGACAUGGUAAUCAUGGUUCUAUUGGCCACCGGUGCCGCGACAGCGGCUUCGAUGGCCGAGUUAGGCAAGAAUGGUAACUUGCACACGCGUUGGAACCCGAUAUGCAACAAAUUUGGUUCCUUCUGCAACCGUGGAGGCGUAUCACUCGUGUCCUCAUUCGUCGGCGUCGCGCUCAUGCUAGCCCUGAACUUGCUCUCAGCUGCAGCCACCUCUCCCCGUGGCAUCGUCGCAGGCCAAUGAGCACUAGUACCUCAGCUCAGACAGUCCAUACCCAAGAGUACACUGCUCAUGUCACUGGGAUGUGAAGUGAUGUGAGCCAGUUUGGUUGCAUGUGGGAGCUGGAUCUCAGGAGGAAGUGUGCUCAAGGCUGCAAGUGUGCUAAAUUUGGUCUACAACUGUAUAUCACCUUGCCUGGUCUGAAAUGUGCAGGCACAUAAGCCCUGGUUGGUUAUGGGGCUUUAACUAGAUCAGCUCCUAAAUUAGAUCAAGUUAUUGCACCAUUCAAUUCUACUACUUUGUGGUUGUAAACCAGUACUCACAACUGUCCCGGCAUUUGGCCGCAUUUGCUCAAUUGGAUGAUACAUUGCAUCGUUCGACAAGUAUGUCUGGUGAGGUUUGGUCUUUCACAACAGUUUGUACCUGUUGUACUGCA